AUGAAUAAAAAGACAACGUUUUCUUGUGUCAAAGAUUAUGAUGAGCAAGGAAAACACCUGGGUGAACAACCAGUACGUCGCAUGGUACCGGAAUGCGAUCUUAACACAUUCUCAUUGCGUGGUGGUAAACCGACCUUUCCAGAGCAGCAAGAUGUCACCCUUCCCCUCUGCCCAGACAAUCAAUAUGCCAUUUUCUAUAAUAAUAUUUGGGGAAUUGCACGGUACACACUUUACAAGAUUGCCGCCGAAGAUGCCGAGAAAGCCAUGUCAAACCCAGUAGCAAGACCUAAAGGUGACCCAUGGAAAAAAACUGAAGUGUACUUUACAACUCUCUCAUCUUCAGGGACUCUUCAUCAAGGAAGUGAUGAAUUGUAUAAGAACCAACCUAUCUCGUGUUUAUACGACAAAGGCCACCUCGUUCCUGUUAAUAUCUUACGUUACAGCCUUGAAAGUGCUUAUGCCACUUUCACCUACACCAACUGCGUGCCGCAAAUUGCAGGUUUCAACAGAGGUCAGUGGAAAAAGUACGAAACGAAAAUAGUGCAAUAUGCUCAGCACUAUUGUGCUCCAAGUGGCGGAACUCUUUACCUGAUCACUGGUACAUCACAGGUUAAAUUUGAGGAGACACUUAGUCCUGAAAACGAAAUAAUCGGGGUGGAUAAGUCGGUGCAACCAAUGGAGGCGUUCCAUGACGACGUGGAUACAUACCCUCAACACGGACCAAAAAUCUUAAUUCCAAACUCGAUGUGGACGGUGGGCUGUUGCUUGGGCUUGAAUAAUGAAGUCAUGGGAGCGUUUGGUGUAAUGGGUGGUAAUUCUCUUAACCAACAGCUCUUAAAUGAAUUUAUGAUGCCCAGACAAACCGUCGCAUCUGUUCAAGAAGCCCUUCAAUUAGAGGAUAAAUCAAUUAAGUUGUUUCCUAACGGCGGUGAUUGCUAUGAUGAAAAAAAAAACGUUCAAUUGAAUAACAUACGAUUUUUUUAUGUUCCUUGAAAGGCGUAUGGGUAAAAUUUUUGACAGGCGUAUCAAGAAAAGCGGAUCAGCUGAAAGUUGAGCAGGCUUUGUUUAACGAUUAACAAUGACCGUAUAUGGCUACUUUGGAACAAUGGCGGAAACAGCUUUAAAAUACACGCGGGAUUUUUUAAAAUUUCCGAUUAUCAUACGAGCGGCAGAUUUAAACCAUCGGCAAAACUGAUGAUACGACAAAUCCUCCCCGUGGGGGUGAUUCUGGUAGAUUUUUUUAGGAUGCAAAUAGUCACGGUGGGGUGGAUGGUGGGGCGACUGUAGCUUUCGUAUCUGAAGUAAAGAAAUUUCACCGUUUUUUCCUUUACAUUACAUUGUGAUCUAUGCAAG